UGAAAUUGUUUAGGAUAGGACACAGAUCACUGCCUCACAUACCGGCCCACAUAUUUAUUUGUAUGAACACGACGUCGCUGUGAUGGAGUCACUCUUUUGUCCUAGUUUAGACACGCCUUUCACUGAUCUGAAAUUUACGUAUAAAAGCGAAUAAACAGGAUCGCGAACACGAAGAAACCACUAUCUCGUCAGUUGACAGAUAACUAUACCAGUGUCAUCAUCGGAGAGACUUACGAUUAGUAUUUAGAAGCGCAGUAUUAUUAUUUUAGAAGGACUAUAUAGAUAAAGAGUAUUCCUUUUAAAAGAUGGGCUGUUUGGAAACUUUAAAGCAGGAAUUCCGUUGUCGAGCUUUUUUACUUGGAGGAACGAAAUCAAACCUAUUUGUAACACCCCAGGGCAGAUGGCUUGGAAUGCCAUGGACCUUCAUGAUAUAUCGUCUAGCGAUAGCUAUAUAUCAGCUAGUCUUCGUAAUUCUCACUUUGGUAUAUUGGGGUAGGGAGCCUCUCUACAGUACUGUAGACACAAAGGCGAAAUGGUUAAUCUACAUCUCCAACUGGACCUAUCUUUUCGUCUUGGCUUAUUUCAUCAUCGCCGCUAUCAAUACCUUCUACUGGCACCUGGGGCACGAAAAGAAAGGCCAUGUGGAUAAAUCUGGUGAAAAAAUUGAGAUGAGCAAUGCCAAUACAACAGAUGUAGAGAUCGCAUUACCAUCAGGAGGAGAUGAAUCUACUCCGUGGUAUUUACAACUCCAACGAUUCUGCCAGGUAUACUCUUGUGCGGCAUCAGUCUUUGUCACCAUUCUAUUUUAUGCGCUGGUUUAUGAUUCAAGCUCUACUGUCAUCCAUGUCUUCAAUGUACACGUCCAUGGUAUCGCCAUGGUGCUCAUGUUUAUUGAUACCAUUCUGGUGGCCACACCCAUUCGUAUCUUACACAUGGUAUACGUGAUGCUCGUCGCAUUUAUUUAUUUCUGUUUUACCGCCAUUUACUACGCAGCCGGUGGGCGAAAUCCCAGUGGUGGAACCUAUAUCUACAGUGGUUCUUUGGAUUGGAAAGCGAAAGCUAGUAGAUCGGCAGUCAUAGCUGUAUUAACUGUAUUGGUAGCAGCACCUGUUCUUCAUUUGAUUUUCUAUGGAAUUUAUCGUAUUCGUCUUGCAAUUGGGAGCUUUUGUCAAUGCUACACACAUCAUGAUUCUGAAAUUUCUACUUCUUCAGAUUGAAAAAAUUGUAUUCCCCCCAAAAAAUUGCAUCUCCGAAAGUGUAAAUAUUAUUGUCAUUAAAGUGUGACUGGUUACUAUAAUGUGUACAUUUUUUAAAGAUUAGAUUAAAGAUAUUUCCAAUAUAUUAGGGUUUUGGGUUACACACACACAAACACGUGAUCGACACAUCUAUAUACGUUUAUUUUCAAUUGGUCUAAUGCCAAUUCGCCCAAUUACCAACUCGCUUACUGUCAUUUGGUCCACUAUCCACAUGGUCUCAUAUGGCAAUUUAUUCCACUCACCAUUUCGUCUAAUAAUCCAUUUAGUCCAUACAGCAUUUUGUCGAAUUGGACUUAAGUUUUAAUUGGGCGAAAUGCUUGUAAAUUAAGUGGAUAUUAGACUAGGUGGUAUUAGACUAAAUGGUUACCAGGAUGUUGGUGGACAGAAUGGCAUUAUACUAAAUUAAGGUAGACCAUGUGAUGAGUGGACGAAUUGGCAAUAGACGAAUACCAUUAACCAUUCAAUAUAUAAAUCUAUAUGGGUGUAUGUAUGUAUGUAUGAAUGUAGGUAUAUAUAUAUAUAUAUAUAUAUAUGUAUAUAUAUAUAUGUAUAUAUAUGUAUAUAUAUGUAUAUAUAUAUAUAUAUAUAUAUAUAUAUACAGUGCGUCCCAGAAACUUAAUCACAAAUACAAUAGACAAAUGACCUACCAAUGUAAAGCUUAGAAUCUUCUCUUUCAUCUGAUAUUACCUAGAUUAUUCCCCAUUCACGCAUGAGUGAGCAAAACAAUUUGAAGAAAGGAUACCAAAAACUCAUUUGAAUUUCAAAAAGAAAAUCACAUUUUAAAAAAGUUCAAUAUCUGCUCUUUUAUUUGAUACCUUAAUCACAAAAAUUGGUCAAAAAGUAAAAAAGUUAUGUUCCCUCGAAACAAUGCUUGUAUUUCCAUAAUUUCAUUAAAUAAACGUGUUUUCACCGGUUUCCCACAGAAGCUAUCGUAUGGUCAACAAAAGACUUAAUGCAUGGCUGAUCGUCAACAAAACGGAGUGUCAAGUGAGUUUGAACCCUAGCCUGUAGAACCUCUCAAUUUUAUGAAAUUAUUGAAAUUCAAGCCUUAUUUCAAAUAACCAGAACUUGUAAUUUCUUGACCAUUUUCUGUAAUUGAGGUAUCAAAUUAAAGAGCAGAUAUUGAACUUUUUAGUAAUUUGGUUUUCUUUUUGAAACCCAGGUACAGCCCGACAAAUGACUUUUUGGUAUCCCCUCUUAAAAUUGUUUUUGCUCACUCAUGCGUGAAUGAGAAAUAAUCUAAGUAAUUUCAAAUGAAAGAGGAGAUUCUAAGCUUUAUAAUGGUAGGUCAUUUGUCUAUUGUAUUUGUGAUUAAGUUAUGAUAAAUCAUCGAUUAAUCUCGGUUUCGUUUUUUGUGGGACGCACUGUAUAUUAUAUAUAUAUAUAUAUAUAUAUAUAUUAUAUAUAAUUAUGUAUAUAUAUAUGAAAGUGUCGCUAUAUUGAAAAACUUAAGGGAAAACAAAGUCGAAAAUAUCUUCUAUUUAAACUUUUGUUUGAGUGUGAUGUUAUUAUAUAUUAUAUUAGGCACAUUCGUCAUUGUUCUGUGCUUAUAUCUGUGAAUUAUUUCAACAUGCAUCUUGAUAAAUAAGAAUUAUCAUAAUCACUUCAUAUCAAGUGUGCAUUUUAUACAUAAAACACCAUCUUUUCCAAUGAUUGAUCUUUGAAUACCAUUGCUCAAAGUAUCAUCCUUGUUUCCUUUAAGUGUAAAGCCCGAGGCCUUUAAAUAUCUAUUAUACGCUUACCCAAAGUUGGCAUGGUAUUUUUUCAGAAAAAAACACACACUAUAACUUGAGGUGGUGGGGAGGCACACUAUAGACCAUUACUGACAAAGUUGAUUGUAUGUUAUUCAGUAAUACAUUUUCUUUUCUUAGCAGAAGUAUCCGAUUAGCAUAACAAUGCUUGCGUGAGGAGUGUCUGAAUUCCUAAACGAUUCGGAAUUCACUGACCGAGUUCGACACAGCACAGUACGGACGUCUUAUUUCAACGCUUCUUCCACGUGUUAAACUCUAUAGGCCUUAUCGUAAUAGAUCUACGUUUGGAUUCGAUGUUAAAUAUAAAAUAAUGGCGAAUCAAGAAAUUAACCUCGGGUUAUGCCACAAAUUAAAGGCAGUUUCAGAAAAUUUUACUCAAUAAUCUGGAGUCUCUUCGCCUUCUUGUAAGCAAUGCUACAAAGGAAGCAUUGGCUCGUUUAAAGAUUGGGCUGGCUGUUUGAUUAUGUUGAUUCUCGAUACAUUGCCCGGGUCAGCGGAGCUUCUACAACUAAAAAAGGGCGUCGGAGAUGUCUUUCGAAAGGUAAUAAGGUUCAAUAUGAAUAUAAUUCUAGACGCCAGGAGGAGUUGGAUAAGAAAUUUGCCUUAUUAGAGUAAGGUAAGCAGCGGGCGCAGCCCUUGCUUUGCUGAAGUAAGGUAUUGCAGAUAUAAUUAAAAGGAAGAAACAUAUCAGAAAAGCAGAUGAAUCUGAAGCAGGUUAGUGAGAUAAAGAUGAAUGAAAAUUCCAAACUAGGCUAUUGCUUUUGAAAUUUAUGAACGGUUGUACAUAAUAGAUAUGGCCUUAUGUUGUUAAUGGAAGCUGUUCGUUUUUCAGCGGAAUUACUUUAUGACUUAAUUAUGGGAGAUUAAUCAAAUAAAUAUAUAGAGAUCAUUUUUAUAUUUUAGGUUGGUCCGCAUUGGAUGAAUACUGAUGAGGGAGAAAAGAAUGAGGCAAGCUCAGGCUUGUGUAAAUAGAAAGCGUAAGUUAUUUCGUUCAACAAACAAAGGUUAUAUUGGGCAAGAAUGUUGGAAAUUUUCAAGGUUCUUUUACUACUUCCGACAACUUAUUUCGUAUACCCUUUGGGUCAAGAAAUCGAUAUUCGCUUGGCAGUGUCGCCAACUUAUAUGUACAAAAUAGUUGGCGCGGGUAUGCAAGUUGCCUCAGACCACCGACGAACGUUUUGCCUGUGGUAGACAUGGGCACUGGAGAAGUUGCCCAGGUAUCAGGAAGCAAGAUCCCAGCAAGAUUCAUCCUUCAGAGAUAAUGAGAUAAAUGAUCCAUUGAUCAUGGUCAAACUGAGCAAGGUAAAUGUCAGUUUUGUUCUGUAUUUGACGAAGUGUGGUAUUUGAGAACUGAAGAGUAGAAUGAUCAGAAGGGCGUAGCAAAGGAAUCUAUUCUUGAUUCUACCUAGUCCAUAAUUAUAUGUUAAGAAAAGAUGUGUUAUUUUGGUUGAAUUCCACCUCUUACUAAUGAACCUAGACAUAGAUAUGACACAGAUCAAACAAUCUGGAAUAUAUUGACUACUCCUGGUCCGUCAGCGGGCCCUUCUAAAGUAAGAAAUACAGAAACAGAGCAUUGUUGAAUUUGUUUCGGUUGGGAAACAUCGAGUAACGUUAGUGUUGAUUCGACAAGAUGUGCAGGGUAGGAGGAAGAAUUUUAUUUGAGAAAUUAUGAGUAUGAUCAAUGAAAUUCAGAACCUUUGGUUAAAGGUAGAUUGAAUGCUUCCUUACAAUUUGGAAAUCAACUGAUGCAUCUCAAUUUGUUGUAGAUGUCAAUGAACAUGGUUACAAAUUACCUUACAAUAAGAUGAUAAGUCAGCAUUGACAUCGAUCCCGAUUUCGUUUCUGAAGCCAUUAACGAAUUAUUAUUAAAAAGGGUUUGGUUGUUGAAUCCACCACUGCACCCCAUGAUGUUACCCCCUUUCAGAUUCAAUUCAGAGUUCAGAUAUAAAAAGAGACUGAUUCUUGGUUAACGUUAUGUCAACUAACACUUGUGGAAGAACACUAUUAUACUUGAAGACUGGAAUGUAGUCAUGUCUUAUUUAAAACAGGGAGAUUUUAUGCUUACCUUUGAACUUAAGCAAGGUUAUCAUCAUUAUUACAUUUUUCAAGUGCAUGAAAAAUUGUAGGCUUUAGUUGGGAUUUUGGUAGUGGUACAAGGUUUUUCUCCUUUUAGGUGUUGUCAUUGGGUUGGCAACAGCUACCUUUGUUUUCAUUACACGAUUAAGCCUAUCGUUAAUCAUUGGCGUAUAGAAAUGGUAUUUUCAUUUUUUUUUGUAUAUAGAUGAUUGGGUCGUGCUGCUUCCUUUGAUUCGUAUGAUACUAUGGUCAAGAAGGUGAAAAAUGACUUACUUGAAGCAGGUUUGAUACCAAAUGUUGAGAAAUAUCUCAAUGGACUCCUGUCCAGUGUUUGGAUUGGUUAGGAAUACCACGGGAAAGCAGAGUAGCUUAUAUAAAGAUUACUGAAAGAAGGAUGAAGGAUCUUGAGUUAUGUUCAGAUUCAUUUCAAGCAGAAUUGCCUGAGGUUUCAGAACGAAGGAUCGUAGUUAUAGUUGGAAAGAUACAUUGUAUCCAGUGUUUGGCACAGUUACUCAAAUUAAAACCAGAUUUAUGCAUCACGAAAUCAUCCGGAGGGUACAUUGGGAUAGGACAUAAUGUGAUCAAUAGUGAUGAAUUAAUAUUCGUGUUCUUCUUCUGGAGAAGAAUUUGCAUAUUCUUAACGUAAACAUUAUUUCUGCUUAUUCAGUUCCACAGACUUUCAUCUAUUCUGAUGCAAGUCCAUCAGGCUGCGGGGCCUGGGUUUCUGAGUGCGCAGGCAUGAAAUGGGAUGAGAUUGGUUUGAGUUUGAAAUGGUUAAAAGCUCCACUUGGAGAGAACUCAAGUCAGUAAGUAUGACACUGCAAACAGUUGUAUCUCACAUGAGACAUAAAACUGUCAAGGUCCUCUGUGAUAAUAAAGGAGUAGGAUCGAUUGUAAAUAAAGGAAGUAUGAUUGCAGAAUUGCAUGAGAUGAGUUUACACAUCUUUGAUUUGUGUAAAAGAAACAACAUUAGUCUUCACGUUCAUUGGGCUCCCAGAGAGGAGAACCGUUUUGCAGAUGCAUUAAGUCGCAUGAUAGAUUUUGAUGAUUGGGGUGUGUCAGAUGAAUUUGUCGGAUUUUUGGACAAAAUCUGGGGCCCUCACACUGUGGACAGACUUGCGGACGAUUUUAAUUUCAAAAUUAAGAAGUUCAAUUCUAAAUAUUGGUGUCCCCUAAUAGAUCAUGUUGAUCCAUUCUCAUGUGAUUGGUCGGGCGAGAAUAAUUGGUUGGUUCCACCUAUCGAAUGUAUAGCAUGUAUAGGGCAAGUACUUAAGCAUCUGAAGGUUUUGUUCUGCUAGGGGGACUUUGGUUGUUCCCUUCUGGCCGUCUGCACCCUUCUGGCCGAUUCUUUUCUCUGAACAAAGUGAUUUUCGUUCCUUAUUCUCUGAAUACUUCAAAAUUGAUAAUCCUCAAGGAAUUUUCGUUCAAGGCAGAAAUAAUAAUAAUAAAAAAAAAAAAAAAAAAAAAAAAAAACGGUUUGUGAGAGAUGGCUGACAUGAAUGCUGGUAUGUAAUAAAUCCAUUUGAUGGAGGUUAAUUCAAAAUUAUACUGUUGGAAUGCAACAUGUAAUUUUUACACGGCCGCAUGGCAGAUAGCUGCAUAGCUAGGAUCCACUUAUGCUGCAGAGCAAAGAAGUGGUGAUGGAAAUUGGAGAAUGUUAUGAUUAUGUAAAAGGAUAACCAUCGUAAAGGUUGAUAAGGAAUUGAUAUGAGAUUUCAUUCUCAAAUUAGUUAUAAUUUACUGGCGGCGGAGCUCAGAAUGAAGAAAUUGGUGAUGAUUGAAAACAUUCAAAGUCUCAAAAUUACAGAAUUCUUGUGAAUGAAAUGUUUCAGAAAGUUUUUUGCAAGUGUUUUAAGGCAAAAAUAAACAUUUUCGCAAAGGAAAUGAAUCCCAAAGCUAUUGUUUUGCUAAGCCUUCAAGACGAUUGAAACGAAUUAUGAUAUGGAAUUGUGAUCUAAUGAAUUUCAUACUGAAAUUUUAGUGAAAAUAUAAAACCACCUGGUUUGAGGAUAGCUGCAUAGUUAAUGUUUAAUUUUGCUGUCAUGGCUGUAAAACGUAUUAGAAGUGAUUAAAUUUUGAGAAUUUGAUAAGAAUGACUGAACUUGAGAAUUUAUCACAAUUUGAAUAUAUUGUGUUGAGAUAAAUAUAUACCAGCUUAUAAGUUUUGUUUAAAUUUUCUUAAAUCCAGAAAUUCUCUCCAUGAAGGAUAUGAUAUAACUUUGAACAAGGUCUUGACAGCUUCGAGAGCUGAUAACACUAUGAGUAAAUACAACAGAGCGUUGAAUACCUGGAGAGAUUAGUGUAAGCAAAAUAAAGUAAAUUCUGACACAGCAGAACCAGAAGAUAUUAGUCGCUAUCUUAUUCAUUUGUAUCAAAGAGAAGCUCCUUAUUCGAGGAUAGAAUCGGCUUUUUACGCCAUUAAGUGGCAUUUUGACUGCAAGCCAAGGAUGAAUGUUAAUCCCUGUGAUCGCAAGUUCAUACAUAUUGUUUUACAAUGUUUAAAGAAAUUACGAAACAAACCGAUCGUUAAGAAAGAAGUUAUAACCCCAGACAUUUUGAAAGCAGUUGUUGAGAAGUAUGGAUCUUCAACGAGUCUAUUAGAUAUUCGAUUAUGUGCUAUGGUUUUGAUUUCCUACGCAGGCAUUCUACGAUUUGAUGAAAUGAUACAUAUUCGUAAAUGUGAUUUAGACUUGUAUUUGUCUCAUGUGAAUACUUUCAUCAUGAAAAGCUAAACCGAUAUUUACAGGCAAGGAGCAUGGGUUCUUAUAGGUGCUACAAAUUCCCCACCUGCCCCGUAUUAGCUUUGAGGAAAUAUUUGAUUGCAGCGGGGCUUAACGAUGCCUCUGAUGAAGUAUUUCUUUUUAGGCCUCUAAAUUACUGUAAAUCCAGUAAUAGUUACAAGUUAAGACGUGGACAGUUGUCUUAUACUAGAUGUUUAGAAUUAUUGAGAGAGGCGUUGGCGAAAGUAGGGUUGAAUCCAAAGAGUUUUGGCAUGCAUAGCCUCCGAAGUGGCGGAGCCACAGCAGCAGCGAACUUUGGUGUUCCAGACAGGUUGUUUAAGAAACAAGGUAGGUGGAGGUCGGAGACUGCUAAGGAUGGAUAUAUUAAAGACAAUAUGAAGGAUUGUCUUUCAAUUUCUAUGAAUUUGGGGCUUUAGAAUUAUUUUUAUACCGGGUAAAUUAGCCUCAGCCUAGUAUGAUUAUACGUAUAACUUUGUUAAAGAUGGAUUGUAGGCGUUCGAUGAGAUUGUUGAAUGAGACAUGUAUUAUUAUCAUUAUACAAUUAAAGUUGGUUAAAUUGAAAUGAUUGCGUCGUGUAACUCAUUUUCUUGUUUACCCGUUCUUUGAUUGACUGAGAGGGGGAGCUAUAAGUUUAGCUUGUCUUGCCGUCGAAGCUUGGUGCUCCCCUCGAAACAGGUAUGUUUUUUGUAAAGUAUAUAAAUGUUUUAUAUUUCAGGUGUUGAUGUUGUUGCACUGGUUGUGCUUAAGGAUAGUGAGGCGUGACUGAAAAUAAUUUAUUCACGAUUGAGAGUCGAAUUAGGGAAUAAAUACAUUUUCUUUUCUUAGCAGAAGUAUCCGAUUAGCAUAACAAUGCUUGCGUGAGGAGUGUCUGAAUUCCUAAACGAUUCGGAAUUCACUGACCGAGUUCGACACAGCACAGUACGGACGUCUUAUUCGGGAUGGAUAUGUGGACGAUUGACUGGAUGCAAGAAGAUAGAGCAAAGAGAAUUCUGAUGGAUGAAUAGGCCUUACAGCAUGUAAAGUACAUUGAUGAGUUCUUCGAGAUCUGAACUCAGAGGGAGGCCUCAGUACAUUCGUCAGUAAGUACCGUUCGUGCUGUCUUGCCGUCGAAGCUUGGUGCUCCCCUCGAAACAGGUAUGUUUUUUGUAAAGUAUAUAAAUGUUUUAUAUUUCAGGUGUUGAUGUUGUUGCACUGGUUGUGCUUAAGGAUAGUGAGGCGUGACUGGAAAUAAUUUAUUCACGAUUGAGAGUCGAAUUAGGGAAUAAAUGGACAGAUAUCGCCUUCACAACGAAAAGGUCUCAUAACUUUGAUUUAUACAGUAUCAAAUGAAACAGGGACGAGUUAAAGAACCGGAGACCAUAUUACACUUCUACAAAAUAAUUGCAACAGUUCUAGCUUUAAUGUUUGAGAUUACAAAGGAUUUUAACGACUAAUAUAAUGGAAACACAAGUUUAGGAGGGUUGAAAAGAAUGUUGAAGGUGCAAAUAUGAUGACUGAUUUCACCAAAGCCUUUGAUUGUAUUAAAUAUAUCUUUAAUAAUGAGAUGCCUAGAAAAGAAUUUCGCAAUUGGAUCUUUGUACUGUGAGUUCAGUCAUUGUAAUUGGCAGGAUAACAAAAGAGUUUCAAGUGCAAAGAGGAAUACGUCAAGGCUUCCCUCGUUCGGCACUCAUGUUUGUGAUUGCAGCUGAAUUCUUUGCAAACAAGACAUGUAAAAUAAUUAUAGAAGAGGUGUUUGUUCUGAUGAAAUCAAUGGCCAUUUUGAGUUAAAGGUAUUACGGUAUGCUGAUGAUACAACUUUUUUUUAUUGGGGACGAUAGAUCAUUUGAAAUUGAUUUAACUGAAUUAGAAGGUUUUGGACUUUUGGUAGAGAAUUAAUCCUAAAAUUAACAGAAAUAACUGCAUUAGGUAGAAAAGAAAAUCGAUGGGUGCUACAUGACAUUUAUCUGACAUUUACAAAUGUAAAACAAAUCGGGAAAAUAAGUUGGAAAAUGCAACGUAUCCUAGAUAAUUGGCGUAAAAGAAACUUGACAUUAUUUGGUAGAGUGACGACUGUGAAAUGUUUUUGCGCAAGUAGUCUAUUUGUUUAUGUUUAAUUCAGUUCCAUCAAUAAUUGUUAAGAAACUGAAUGCCAUGUUUUUCAAAUUCCUUUGGAACUCACGAAUAAAAAAGGUUAGGAGAUGUGAUGUUAUCAAAGAUUACAGACAAGGUUGUAUGAAAAUGGUUGAUAUACAUAAAAAAGUAGUCAGUUUUAGAUUAAAGUGAUUAGGAAGGUUAACAAACGAGGCAAAUUCUAUAUAGAAAACACUUGGGAAUUAUUGGUUUGAGCAUUUUGGAAGUCUUAAUCUAACCUUAAAUAGUGACUUUCGGGUUCACAAUGUUACCCCAUUGUUUGAUAAGAAAAUACCGUCAUUUCAUGUUAAAAUAAUUCGAGCUCGGACUCUGAUUGAUAAAGAAAUUCAGAAAAGAACAUAGGGUAGAAAAUAAUAUUUCAUGGUUUAAUCAUAUUGUUUUUAAUGAAUCGCCAAUAUUUUCCAGGGAAUGGUACAAUAAUCUACAUGGAAGACAUUUUGAAUGUGAAUGUGAGGUUUUAAAGAUGUAUCAGAAAUUUCAUUUUUGUAGAAAUUUAUAGAUCUGUUAUGUUUCUGUUUUUCAAAACUGAAACAAGCUAUACUUAGAAAAACUUUGAUUUUAAUUUUUUUUUAGAGAACCUAAACCUAAAAAAAAUAAAAAUAGGUACUCAGUAAAAUGUCUAGAUCAAGUACCUUCAAAAUACUUUUUCAAUAAUGUUAUACGUCCUUGAAGUGUCAAAUUCACGUUGUUUCUUUGGGGAAAAUAUUUCGAAAAUGAUUACAGUCUGGAAUAUUUGUUUCGAAAGAAACUCGUUAACAGUAAAAGAAAAUAAACUGAGAUCAAUUAAUUUCAAAAUACGGUAUAAUUUAUUGCCUGUGAAAAGAAACUUAUGUAAAUGGCGUAUAAGUGAAGAUGCAAAUUGUAAUAGUUGCCAUAGAAGAGGACAUAACACAUGCUUUGAUCACAAGUAAAUUGAAUAAAAGUUUUUAGUCACAUAAUUUGGUUAAAGUCUUUAAUAAACACAUUAUUAUUGAUGUCGAUCCUUUGAUAAAAAACAAGAAACAAAAAGAAGACGAUGUCAUUAAUAUAGCGUUUUGGACUGCGUAUAAAUCAAUGUUGUUACGUAACUACAAAGGAGUAGACAAUAUGCCAGAUUUGGGUAAGAUGCUGGAAAUGAACAAAAACUAUAAUGGGAAAUAUUUGUAUCGUUUUCAUUUUGUCUAUUAUUUGAUUAUGUUCAAUGUUUUCUUUUUAUGUUAAAGUGAUAUGUAUAUGCAAAUAAUUAAAUAAAUGCUUUUGAAAGAAAAAAAAAAGUUCCAAGCGCUCCAUCAAAAGCCCAACACAAUUUUGAAUUGUAUUAUUAUGCAUGAUCAGUAUAUUGUUUCACUUUUCCAUUCAAUUGUAACUUAUAUAACAUCGAAUAAUACUGACCAUUAUGUAAGAGACAAACUCUUUGACUUAGGUGAUGAGAAAAUAUUUUUUUAAAUAAUUGUAAUAAAAAUUACAUUUUGAAAUAAAUACCUUUUUUAGUUUUGAGAA